CGCCGCCUUUCUGGGGAGGCGUGACUGAAACUCGCGGUCCCGGCCUCUCUUAGACUGGUGGCUUUGCAAUGGCACCUCUACGGCGUGGUGGGGCUAAAGGGAAUCAAGGCGGCACGUCGGCAGGGACAGAGUUGGCACAAUCGCGGCGCCUGGACAGUAUAAAGAAGAAUCGAGUCCAUCAUGAAUCCCAGAGAAAAUGGUUGAAAAUUUCAUUUUGGGGAUCAUCUGGUCUACUUGCCAGUCUUUUAUUGUGGAGCUUUUUGAAUGGUGAUGAUGGGGUUACUGAAGUUCUGGCUCAUCAUAAUGAAAUUCUACAGAACAAGUUUAUUGAGGUGAUUUGUUCUAAGGAUUAUGACAGUCACAAAAGAUUUGAAGGGUGUACACCUAGAAAAUGUGGCAGAGGAAUAACAGACAUAAUAAUCACCAGAGAGGAAGCCCAACAACUUCGUCGUAUAGCUGAAAAGGGAUUAUCACUAGGAGGAUCUGAAGGAGGGGCUUCCAUCUUAGACUUACAUUCUGGAGCACUUUCAUUUGGAAAACAUUUUGUAAAUCUUUACAGAUAUUUUGGGGCAAAAAUUCAAAAUAUCUUUUCAGAAGAGGAUUUUCAGCUAUACCGUGAUGUGAGGCAAAAAAUUCAACAUGCAAUUGGUCAAGCUUUUGAUAUCAACUUUUCAUCCAUGUAUCUGACAAAACCUACCUUCUUCUCCCGGAUAAAUAGUACAGAGGCCAAGACAACUCAUGAUGAAUACUGGCAUCCUCAUAUUGAUAAGGUAACAUAUGGUUCCUUUGAUUAUACCUCACUGCUGUAUCUCUCAGAUUAUAUGGAAGACUUUGGUGGAGGAAGAUUUAUGUUCAUGGAAGAGGGUUUUAACAAGACUGUGGAACCUAAAGUUGGUCGAGUCUCCUUCUUCACCUCGGGUUCAGAAAAUCUCCAUCAGGUAGAGAAAGUCCAUUGGGGUACUCGUUAUGCAAUUACCAUCUCUUUCACCUGCAAUCCUGACCAUGGUAUUGGGGACCCAGCAUAUCUUUAAGAUAAGGGCCUUGUGGGUUCAUGGUUUGAAAUAAUAAAGUGAUAAAUUUGAAUUUAAAAA